GUGAGAUGUGCGCAGUGAGAAGUGCAGGUAGUCCGCCAUUGCUCCUGUACAAGUAUCGGCUCUGGCGUUUGGCUGUCAACAAUAAACUUGAGUCGGGGCGAGGAGCGACGAGGUCGGGUGGAAGCUGGUCGGCUACUCCUUUAUCCAGUAGCCAUCCCGUCCCUACCCGGAGAAUAUUUUCAUGUAAAUACAGCGCCCACAGACGAGGCAACCAUGUCCAAUCUCAGCAAAGGCGGUACCAAGAAGGACACCAAAAUGCGAAUACGGGCCUUUCCUAUGACGAUGGAUGAGAAGUAUGUAAACAACAUCUGGGACCUACUAAAGAAUGCCAUCCAGGAGAUCCAGAGGAAGAACAACAGUGGCCUGAGCUUCGAGGAGCUGUACAGAAAUGCGUACACCAUGGUGCUGCACAAACAUGGGGAGAAGCUGUACACAGGCCUGCGUGAGGUGGUCACAGAGCACCUUAUCAAUAAAGUUCGAGAAGAUGUGCUGAAUUCCCUUAAUAAUAACUUCCUUCAAACGUUGAAUCAAGCCUGGAAUGAUCAUCAAACAGCAAUGGUGAUGAUUCGAGACAUCCUCAUGUACAUGGACCGUGUGUACGUACAACAGAAUAACGUGGAAAAUGUCUACAACCUGGGCCUCAUCAUCUUCAGAGACCAGGUGGUCCGUUAUGGCUGCAUCCGAGACCAUCUCCGACAAACCCUCCUGGACAUGAUCGCCAGGGAGAGAAAAGGGGAGGUGGUGGACAGGGGUGCUAUAAGGAACGCAUGCCAAAUGUUGAUGAUCCUCGGUUUAGAAGGGAGGUCUGUUUAUGAAGAGGACUUUGAAGCACCGUUUCUUGAAAUGUCUGCAGAGUUUUUCCAGAUGGAAAGUCAAAAGUUCCUUGCUGAAAACAGUGCCAGUGUAUACAUCAAGAAGGUGGAAGCCAGGAUUAAUGAGGAGAUUGAGCGGGUGAUGCAUUGCCUGGAUAAAUCAACAGAGGAGCCCAUUGUCAAAGUGGUGGAGCGUGAACUCAUCUCCAAACACAUGAAGACCAUUGUAGAGAUGGAAAACUCAGGCCUGGUCCAUAUGCUCAAGAAUGGCAAGACAGAUGAUUUGGCAUGUAUGUACAAGCUGUUCAGUAGAGUUCCCAAUGGGUUGAAGACCAUGUGUGAGUGCAUGAGCUCUUACCUGAGAGAGCAGGGAAAGGCACUGGUGUCAGAGGAGGGAGAGGGAAAGAACCCUGUGGACUAUAUCCAGGGCUUGCUGGAUCUCAAGUUACGAUUUGAUCGCUUCCUUCAAGAAUCUUUUAACAAUGACAGACUAUUCAAACAGACCAUCGCUGGAGACUUUGAGUACUUCCUAAACCUCAACUCUCGUUCUCCUGAAUACCUUUCACUUUUUAUUGAUGAUAAGCUGAAGAAAGGGGUCAAAGGGCUCACAGAGCAGGAGGUGGAGUCCAUACUGGACAAAGCCAUGGUCUUAUUCCGAUUCAUGCAGGAGAAAGAUGUGUUUGAAAGGUAUUACAAACAGCAUCUUGCCCGCAGACUGCUCACUAACAAGAGUGUUUCUGAUGACUCUGAGAAAAACAUGAUCUCAAAGCUCAAGACAGAGUGUGGCUGUCAGUUUACCUCAAAACUGGAGGGCAUGUUCCGGGACAUGAGCAUCUCCAACACGACCUUGGAUGAGUUUAGACAACAUUUACAAACUACUGGGGUGUCGCUUGGAGGAGUGGAUCUGACCGUAAGAGUUUUGACCACAGGGUACUGGCCCACCCAAUCAGCAACACCCAAGUGUAACAUCCCGCCCUCUCCACGUCAUGCAUUUGAAGUAUUUAGGAGGUUUUAUCUUGGUAAACACAGUGGCCGACAACUCACACUUCAGCACCACAUGGGCUCUGCAGAUUUAAAUGCCACUUUCUAUGGUCCAAUCAAAAAGGAGGAUGGGUCUGAAGUUGGAGUGGGAGGAGCUCAAGUUACAGGCUCCAACACUAGAAAGCACAUCCUGCAAGUGUCUACCUUUCAGAUGACCAUCCUUAUGUUAUUUAACACGAGAGAAAAGUCCACCUUUGAGGAAAUCCAGCAGGAGACAGACAUACCUGAGAGGGAGCUGGUGCGAGCACUGCAGUCCCUGGCCUGUGGGAAGCCAACCCAAAGAGUUCUCACCAAGGAGCCUAAAUCCAAGGAGAUAGAGAAUGGCCAUGUGUUUACUGUCAAUGACCAGUUCACCUCCAAAUUACAUCGAGUUAAGAUCCAGACAGUGGCGGCUAAACAAGGAGAAUCAGACCCAGAACGGAAAGAGACACGACAAAAAGUGGAUGAUGACCGAAAGCAUGAAAUAGAAGCUGCAAUAGUCCGCAUCAUGAAGUCCAGAAAGAAGAUGCAGCACAAUGUUCUAGUAGCAGAGGUCACACAACAGUUAAGAGCACGGUUCCUACCCAGUCCUGUAGUCAUCAAGAAGCGCAUUGAAGGACUUAUUGAGCGAGAAUAUUUGGCACGAACGCCAGAGGACCGUAAAGUGUACACCUAUGUAGCGUAAUGCAAGUAAAUUCAAUGAAAGUUGAAUCUGAGUCUUUUUGUGGACAGCAUUCAAUGAACUUGGAAGUGCUUUCAUCGAUGAUUCUGGGAAACACUGGGAAGCUUAACUUUUCUUCCAUGAAAUGUGUACAAAUCACAUAAAAGAUGGGAAGUUCUCUAGCAAUAUUAGAUUUCUUCUGGUGAGAGAGACGAGGGGGUCUAGUUUUGUACAAAUAAUGUUCCUUGUGGCCUUUGGAGAGAAUUAGGUGGGCAUGUUUGCCACAUGCUGUUCUUAACAAAGAAUCAAGAAUAAGUGAAUGGCUAAGCUACUAAGCAAACAAUCAGCUACACUGAGAGCAAGAAAACGAUUGAAUCCACUCCCCACUUUUUAAAUGUUUAUGUCAAUGUGUUCCGGUUGUUUUGUGGCACAAUUAUGGCUGUACAGGUGGAUGUAUAGCUGCUCUUGACCUUCCCGCCAGAGAUUUUAAAUCAUUAAGAGGUCACAGUGUUAACAAUGUGGUACCGGCCUGGUUUACCAAAGCAGGCAAAUACAUUGUGAGGACUUGACAAAACAGGAAGAGUGCUUAAUUUAUGUUGCAAUUAUAACUGUUUUGAGGUUGUUAUUUUACUAUCUGGUAUGAAUUAGUUACACCUCACAUAGAAUGAAAUAUUUAAUUGCCAGUUUCAGAAACACAUUUGCCCUGGACUAGGUAGCUGGUCACAUCCACAGCUGUAAGUUCACGGCAUGCUGACUGACUUUUUAAGUCUGUUGUAUCUUUGACUAUAAUCUAUCUCCUCAGAACAGAACAUUCUUCAAGGUGCGAGUUAAAAGGAAAACCAUUGUCCCCCUUCUCCACAGCAAUUUGAACAAGUGGAUAUGUCUAGCACCAUGUUCCAAUAUGUACAAAUUGUAAAAUAAUUAUUGUACUCACUGCAAAGGUGGACUGUACAGGGCCUUGUUUUCAUCAUAUUAAAUGUAGAGUAAAUGAAUUAAA